AAUAAAAAUCUUUAUUAGUGGCUUAAAGUUUUUUUUUGCCUUUAUGUUAUUUUUGUUUAUAUAUGUAGAAAGAAAAAUUAGAAACGAUCCUCGAUGGAAAAUCAGGGCACAUCGGAAAAUCCGGCUGAGCCAUCGGAAAAAAUUAGAGCCGGCGUUAAUAAAGCAAAUAAAUCGGAAGACUGCGAAGCCCAAAUCCACGUAGGUUCUUGUAAUCCUUCGGUUCAUCCCGAUGGAAGUGAGCACGUUGAUGAGGAUUUGACUCGCAUUCGAGGUGAUGCUAUAGGCAAUACAUUAUACAGUGAACGUUUUGUUCUUUCAACAUUACUAAAACUUACCAAGGUAGAAAAAGAACUCGCCGAAAAUGAAUGCUUUGAAAACGAUUUAUGCUCAGUUUGGGACAUGACGAUUGAAGAAGAUGUUGUACUCUUGCUUUUAGAACAUAAUGUGCUGGAGCUCUUCGCCCAUUGCAUCAAUGCAACGGAGGACAAGCGUUUAGUAGAAAUUCUGGUGGGAAUUUUGGGUAACAUGUGCAAUUUUAAAGAAGCACGAGAAGCACUUGUUGAGAAUAACAAUCUAGUUCAAAUACUCCUCGGAUUAACAAGUUGCUCCGACUCGCUGACGCUUUUGCAGCUCACACGUCUUCUUUCUGUUGUACUUAUACAUGCAGAUCGUGCAGCAGCUCUCCAGUGGUAUCAACGCAUUUGUACUUGUCCAGAUUUCGUUAAAAAUAUUACCUUUAUAUUAAACAACUCUAUAAAUGAGCAAUUGUUACGCCAGACAAUUGAAACACUGAACGCAAUACUGGCAAAAUUUGCUUUAGUGGAACCUAAUCCGCAAAAGCCCCCAACGAAUGAGGGCGAUGAUCUUGACCGUUUGGAUCCAUUGCCCACGUUUGAACAACUUUUUGUCGAACAAAAUCUUAUAAAAGCCACAACAGAGGCAUUUCUAGCAUUGUUGCCUAGAAAAGAUACAACAGAGUUACAGGAUAAUGACGAGGAUGAUGAUGAAAGCACUAUACUUCCUACACAAAGCACUCAUAAUUUAAUGCAAAUAUUCUUAAACAUUCAUGGCAUCUUGACACAGUAUGAUGAUCUGUCACGGAACAGCUACAAACCGUAUAUCGAGUCUUUAUUGGAUUGCCUUGGCUGCAUUCUUGAACCUCUUUGCAACCCCAAAUAUGUACCGCAUUUAAGUAAUCGAGAACAAGACCUAUUAGAUAGUAUCAAUGAUGUUUUUGAGUCACUAGGAGAUCCUUUUGAUGAGAUUUGUCUGAUGUAUGCUAUAAGGAUCUGGAAUCUCCUAAGAGAAGAAAAUGAACGUAUUGCAAGAAAAACAACAACUGCAAAUGAUUUUGAAGAUAAUACAAUUAAAGAAGAUGAUUUUAAUUUUGAAACGAGCUAUUUAACCAUACUCGACCUCAUUGUGCGUAUGGUCAAUGCUGCAACUGAAGUGCAGUUACAAGAAUUUUUGAAAGAGAAUAAUGAUGACAAUCUGAAGAAUCUACAGAGUGCGCUCAGCAUUGAAGACAAUGAUCAACCUACACGAUUAUGCUACAGCAAAAUACAGAUUAGUCUAGAAAACAUACACAAAAAUUAAAAUUUAAACAUUUUUUAA